UAACAAUUGUUAAUUUUAUCGAGUUAUCUUACAAGUUGAAUAAAUAACCUUAAAUUUAAGGAGUAGAUUGAUGUGAAAAUAACAAAAAUGUUAAAAGUUUUGAAUAUCUUGAAAACUACAGCAAGAGGCCCUCAGAGGAGGACUUUUCUCUCCCAAGCAUAUUAUUGCAAUGAAGUAUGGAACAAUAGAUUGAAUAGUACAAUUUUACAAAAAAUAAACCAUGAUGAAUUAUACUAUGAACUAGAACAGCGCUUUCAAAAGAAUGGAAUUAUUAGUGCUGUUGAUGUUGAUAUUUUUGCCAAUUCAGUAAAAGAUGAUAUAUACUUGGAUGAAUUGAUGGAUUUAGCCCAUAAGCUGAGGUUAAGUGCAGACACUUCAAACACACUUGAAUCCACUUCACAUGCUGUUAUUCGUUGUUUACUGAAUUAUGACAAGAAGGAUGAACUAUUGAAUGCUCUGGAUGAUAGGUUAAACUAUGGUUUAUUCCUAGACAACUAUACUGCCAACAUUUUAAUGGAUUACUUUUAUAAGGCUAAAGAUUUUGUCUCUGGAUCAAGGGUGGCUAGUCAGUUAAUGCUGCAGGAAGAAAUGAAUCAUCCAUUAUCUUCUAGCUUAUCUAUAUUUCACUGUUACAACUUCUUAUUAAAUCCAGUUGGAUGGCCAGAGAUGCCAAAGCCAGAAGAACCAGAGGAAGAAGUAAAAGUCAGAGUGAAAUAUUUAAGGAAUCCAUAUGAUGAUAAUCAUUUUGAUUUAAGAGAUCCAAUAAGGAUUGUUGGUAAAACGUUAAUGGAAGCAACAAUUGAAAAAAAUGAUGAUUUAGAAAAAUCAUUGUAUAUAUUGGGUAUAUCUUUAUUUGAUCCUGAACAAGCUAAAAAUGUAGUAAAGGGAGAUGAAAAAAUCUACAAAGAAAUACUCAAUUUAUUGCCAGAAGACAAUGAAAUGAAGGCAACUCUGGAGAAAUUAACUUUGAUACCAGGUGAAUUAAAAACUUUGCUUGAAAGUAAAGUGAAAUCUUGUGAAAGAGAUGUUGGAGAAAAAGAUGUUGCAGUUCAAUGUGAAACCUAUAGCAAAUGGGAGCAAAAUCGAUUGGAUGCUUUGAAGAGACAGGAGGAAAGAUACAACAUUGCUAAUAGAAUAGAAAAUAUUGAAACAUCUCAGAAGAAUUUGAAAUUACGAGAGGAGAGGUUAUGGUUCUUUGAGAAUGAAGAACAGAUUGAGCUGGAUAUUGAUGCUAAGAAAAUUUAUUAUCCAAAGAGGUGGUUUGGUAAGAUGAAGAAGCCAAGAACUGCUGACAAAGCUUAUGUACCACCAGAAAUCAAUUAAUGGUUAUUAUUAUUAUUUUUAUUAACUUAUAAAAUAUAUAAAAUUAUUUAGUC